CAAAACGGUUUUUGCGGUCAAAACGAACCGAACCGCGAGUUAAGUACAGAGAUACGUACGACGACAAUCCCGGGCUGUGAACUUAAAAAUUUAUUUUUUUUUACUUACUCCUAGUCAUUUUUUUUGUGAUAACUUAGAAACGAAAAAGAAGAAAAUGAAGGCUAACAGUAUUUAUUUAAUUAGUGUUUUAGUGUGUUUAGGAAUGGGGGUACCAGUCAGAGACACCCCGAAAAAAGCAACAAGACAAGUGAAACAAGAGAAAUUCAUCCCGAAAUUCAACCCGGCCACCUGUAAAAUGGGAAUGAUGGCGAUCUGUAACGACACCCUCACGUAUCCGACGAAAACGAUCCAAAAACUGGUGAAACGAAAGAAAAACUUACAAUUGUUUAGCGAUGUAUCGCUUAUAGAACCGGCCGAAGACGUACCGAUACCGAAGAUGAGAGACAAUUCGGAACCGAAUAAUUUGUGUAGGACCCAAACGGUCACGAUAGUACCGAAAGCCGGGUACGAUUAUCAUUCCGGGGAGCAGAGGUUUAUCAUCAACAUUAAGGAUUAUGUGCAGACGGUCGUAUAUGAAACAUGCGUGGAACCCGAUAAAGAGUGCAUAGACAAAGGAAUAUUACCAUUCGGUCGAGAAACCAUCUGCAAACAAAAAUACAACAUCGUCAGACUAGUCUCUUUAACGAAAGAAGGAAACGUGGAGUACGGAAAGUUCAUGGUACCGAGCACGUGCGUUUGCAGUUAUCUUCAUAACGUACCGACGUUCUUUUAAAGCGGUUUUAAACGAACGAGGAUUUAGGUUCAAAUAAAUAAAAGACGUUUUGACCUUUAUAGAGUCAUCUUCACGACAAAAUAAACCUUUUAAACAAGACAAAUCGAAGCAGUUUUUUUUCCAUGUAUAUAAAUUGGGCAUUUGAUUUCCGAAGGGUGAUUUCAUAAACUUGAAUAGAAAUACUUCUGUUUUAUUUAGACCUCAAUCAUCGUUAAUUUUUUAUUGUACUUUGAGUGAAUUCGAUGAAAAUCUGUAUUUAAUUGACUGGAACUUAUUGGAAAUACCAUGGGGCAUUAAGACACUCAGUAUAUUAAAAAAAAUCAAUGCAUAUGCGGGAUUUUUUCCAGUUUUCCGUACGUUUAUACGAAUUAAACGAACGUUUUUAAUAAUUUUAGAAUCUCAUUUUAAAUAUACGUUAUUUUUGUGUUAUUUAGGAUAAUUUUUUUUAUAUUGAUUCCGUAUAUUUUUUAAUAAACAUUAUUAAUAAAG